GAGACGAGAGGAUGAGCCGGCCGGAGGAGCAGCAGCAGCAGCAGCAGCAGCAUCCGCACCAGCCUCCGACCACAUCUGCUGGAACCGACUCGAAGCUCCGUUCCGAGUGAGAAAUUAAGACGAGCGACCGGCGUUACUUUCACCGUUAAACAAUCCGCCGCUGAGGAUGUGAUGCCGGAGCCUGGAUCAUGCGCCGAUUCCCUCCAGACGGAGCAGGGGAGGUGAAGCCCCUUCAUGAAAGAAGAUGUCCGCUUUGAAGGACUCGCUCGGCGGCUGUGAAACCCGCUAAUCUCGGACGGUGUGGGUCGAAGGAGGGGGGGGGGCGCUGGAGGAGGAGGAGGAGGCGGAGGGGGGUUUGAUGGCACAGCGGAGAAGCAACGAAAGCACCAGGGGACUGACAGCAGGGUCGGUGAACAGCGGGGUGUGUUGAGACCGAAGGAAUGGACGUGGCUGUCUUCGGUUCGGGAUAAGUCUCCGGACAGCACUCACAGACGGCGGGCGAGCGGCGGAGGGGUGCAAGUGAACGCUGCGGGUUCCCCCCGACAUUUGAACUUGUUUGUUUUCUCAAAGGCAGCUCCGGCGCUGUGAGGGGAAUCGAGCUGUAAACCCACGGUCCUGCCGGGGGGGAGUCCGGGUCGCUAAUCCCCGCCUGGGCUCAGGAGGAGUUUCUCUCUUUAGCUAGCUAGCAUCCACUACUGCCAGGGACUGCGGUGCGUUCACGGGCACCAUGCAAGCGCGCGAGCUCGGGUGAAACCACCGCCAGCCACCAAAAUGCACCCAAGGGCAUAGCAACAACAACAACAACAUCAACAACAACAAGUCAUGUCGGACUGACAACGGCACCGUGGCUCCAUCGGCCGCGAAGUCCCAGCAGCGUUCACAGCGGCUCAUUGCCAGGCGGGGAGAGAGAGACACACACAGAGGUGGUGGGGGGUGGAUCAGACAGCUAACCCCGCUCACAUCGCCCUCCGGAGCCCAGCGGCGAGCAGCAGCUUCCAGCCCCUCCAGCCUCCACCUCCAGCCAACAUGGGAGAGCAGCCCAUCUUCAGCACACGGGCCCACGUCUUCCAGAUUGACCCGAACACCAAGAAGAACUGGGUUCCCACCAGUAAACACGCUGUCACCGUCUCCUACUUCUUCGACAGUACCAGGAAUGUGUAUCGAAUCAUAAGCCUGGAUGGAUCUAAGGCCAUCAUCAACAGCACCAUCACCCCCAACAUGACAUUCACCAAGACGUCACAAAAGUUCGGCCAGUGGGCCGACAGCCGGGCGAACACAGUCUAUGGCCUCGGCUUCUCGUCUGAGAGUCUCCUGGUCAAGUUUGCAGAAAAGUUUGCUGAGUUCAAGGAGGCAGCGCGGGCAGCGAAGGAGAAGUCUCAGGAGAAGAUGGAGCUCAGCAGCACUCCCUCUCAGGAGUCGGCCCCGGGUGACCUGCUGUCACCUUUGACCCCUGAGAGCAUCAACGGUACGGACGAAGACAGAGUCACACCAGAGCCGCCGCCACCGCCACCCGCUGAAGCCAGAGCAGAGCCUUCCCAGAAUGCACUGCUCUUCACACACAGUUCCAGUUCCACCAGCAUCAAUAAGCACUGGGAGGCGGAGCUCGAGGCACUCAAGGGGAACAACGCCAAACUGACAGCAGCUCUGCUCGAGUCCACAGCCAACGUCAAACAGUGGAAGCAGCAGCUGGCAGCCUAUCAGGACGAGGCGGAGAGGCUCCACAAACGGGUGACGGAGCUGGAGUGUGUGAGCGGUCAGACGACGGGCAUCAAAUCUCAGAAGACAGAACUUAACCGAACAAUCGAGGAGCUGGAGUUGGAUCUGAGGGCCAAAGAGGAGGAGUUGGAGCAGCUUAAAGAGGAGGUGCAGAGUGCCCACGAGUUUCAGUCCCACAGAGACUCUCUCACUCAGAAACUACAGGACACGGAGACGAGGAACCAGACGCUGGAGGCCCAGCUGAGCGACCUGGAGCAGCGUCUGGAGGGCAGCCAGCUGGAGAGAGAAGCCUUUCGCACGAGCCUGCGCUCCCUGCUGGAGCUGCUGGACACCAAGAUCUUCGAGCUGACCGAGCUGCGGGACACGCUGGCCAAGCUCAUCGAGGGGAGCUAGACACACACAUCCACACACACGCACGCGCAAACUAACACACAAACGCUUCCACCGACGUCAGCGCGGCAGCCUGUGUGGCCCGGAGAGGCGCUCCGAUGAAAGAAUUCACCUGCAUGUUGGCACUCACAUAAUCACAGACAUGUACAACAACUUGAAUUCUCUUCUCUUUAAGUUCCACAUGUUUACGAUACGUGUAAAAGAGUAUGUUUACACACUUUAUGCAUUAACUGUAUACACACAUUUUGCUAGGACCGCAUCGUUUACAAAGUGCAGGGGGCUUUGCUCGGGACAUGCCUUCCCUCCGCUCGCUCCACUCCGGAUUAUUCUCGACUUUGUGACCACACAGAAACUCGGAAUGAAUCUGUUUUUAGGAAUUUUUUUUUUGAAUGUUGUUCCUUUCGAGCAGACGUUACAUUUUUUCUUCUUGCUUUCUGCUCCUUCAUUCAUUACGAAUUUUUUCCGGCUUCGCUUUGAUGCAGUUUUGUAAACACGCGGAGCCUGCGAUUGUUCCCCCGUCUUCUUCUCUUUUUUUUCUAUCUCUUCCUCACUUUUCUUAGCCACCAGGGGUCAUGGUCAGCCAAAUGAACACUGUAUGAGUCGACUCUGGCUUUUUCUUACACCCUGAGAGUGAUAUUUUUUUUUUUUUCAUUAUUGAAACUCUGGAGGGUCGAAUGUGAUGAAGAGUUAAGUACUGAUGUUCCUCCUCUGACUGAAAUCCACUGUUGGACCGCCAAAAACAAACAAAAAAGGCCCUGGAGGACCUGCAGUAUGUCUUAUAUUCUUAUACAAUAUAUGAGCAAUACAAAAAGGGAGCGUCUGAGGGUAAAUAAACACUUCCCACUCUCACUUUCAGGUACUUUUACCCCUGUCUUGAUUAGACCACACGCGAGUUGGGAUUUUCUUCGAUAGUUUUUCUUUCUAUCAAUUUUUUUUU